AUGAACGAAAUUUCCAAUCAAAAUAAGAAACCAGACAAUUUCAGCGACAUCUACAAUGAUAGCAACAAUGAUACAACUGAAAUGUUCUUAGACAAAGGCAACAAAUCUCCGCAAUACACAGGAAGCAGCUAUUCAUCAAGAAUUGAUUCAAUUCUAAGGUAUGGAAAAGAAAAGAGUUGGGCAAAGUCACCAAAACAGAUCAAACUUGAGUCAUCAACAAUAUUUGAUACAUAUUCAGCAUCUACACCAUCAGAUCCACAAACAAAUCAAAAGUUUAAUAACGACAGACAAAAAAUUUCUAUUAGCAUGCAAAAAGGAAACAAAUUACUGGAAGAAGCUGAUAAAUUACUUUCUGAAGAAGAAGAAAUCAACAGUGAAAUAUUUGAUGGACCACAAGAUAGAGUUGUUAUUCCAGAACACGAAAUGAUCAAAGAUAAAGUUAGUCAGAUGAAUAAAAUAAAUCAGAAAACAGAGAAAAUAACAACACAAAAUGAAACAAUAGUUACUCAAAAUAUGAAGAAAAUUUUGAAGAGUUCUAAAUCAGAUUUCAAUAAUAAAACAACUGAAUUAGUUUUGUCUUCUCAAUCAACCCAAAGUGAGAAAGUUUAUACAUUAGAUCCUGCAAGAAGAAAGAAACAGAAGACAGAACUCGAAGAACAACUCGAGAGAUUGAAGAAAUUAGGCGUUAAUGAUUCUGAUGAUUCGGAUUAUGAUGCUAGCUCAUCUAGAAAAAUUCCGAAAUGCGUUGUUUCUUAUAAAGAUGCUGUUGAAAUUGGAGAUGGAAUUCCAGAGAAGAACGUCAAAAAAGUUGUUUAUACAGCAAUUGUUUCGAGUCCUUCAGAUGCUGAUAUGGUUUUCCUAGAAUUAGAUCACGAUGAAAAUUCAAGCGGUCAAACAGUUCAAGAGAAAGUUGAAGCACUUGAAUCUCCACAAAAACCAACACUAUUUUAA